CCCGUUACCAAGGGCUGACGGCAGGGAGAAGGAAGAAGUGAGUUAGGGAAGAUUAUGGAGGAGGUCUGGGGUCUGGGAUGUGGGCAGCGUUUGAAGGAGAGGAAUGUAUCAGACAGUGGGUAAACAUCGCCGGUAGCCUGAAAACACACACACACACGCACACACACAUGCAGAUGCAUUAACACACACACACACACACACAUAGUUUUGUGCAGCUCCAGCGGGUUUCACUGGGAAUUUAAGACAACUUUUCUCCGUCCUGCAGCUCCUGAUUAAACAGGUUCUGUCUCCAUGGCUCCCCUGUGCUGUGUUGUGUUGGUGCUGCUGUGUGUUUUUUACUCUACCUCAGCCACCACUGUAGCUGACAUAGACUAUGGAGGUGUCCCUCUGUGGAUUAAUCGCCUGCUGGGUGAGCCCAGCGUGGUGAGCCUGCGGGGACGGAUAGAUCCAGCCUGGUUCCGAGCCAACAAUCCCCAGACCUGCCCUCAGCAGUGUGACUGCCCCAUCCAGUGGCCCACGGCGCUCUACUGUGACCACAGAGGCUUGGCAGACGUCCCUGACCGCCUGCCGGACAGAACUCAGUACCUGUUUUUACAGAGCAACAACAUCACAUCCCUAUCCUCCUCUUUUCUGGCCAACAUUACUGAUCUACGCUGGCUCAUCCUGGACCACAACCAGCUGCAGAGCGACAAGCUGGACCUGGCCGCGCUGCAGAACCAGACACAGCUGUGCUACUUUUUUGCCAACCACAACCACCUGAGAUCAGUGCCCAGCGCUCUACCAGCUGGACUCAGGCAGCUGCGUCUGGCCUACAACCAAAUCAGCAGCAUCAGCCCCGGAGCUUUCCAGAACCUGCAAAACCUGACGCUGCUGCUGCUGCAGGGAAACCAAUUGCAAACCAUCACAGAGGGAGAACUCAGAGGUCUGCUCAGUCUGAACCUGCUGGACCUCAGUGGGAAUUUGUUCUCGUCUGUCCCGACGCAUUUACCCCCUUCUGUCCAGCAGCUCUAUCUGUCCAACAACACUCUCUCUGGCCUGGAUGAAGACAGUUUUGUGAAUUUUUUCAAUCUUAAGUACCUUCGUCUGAGUCACUGCGGUCUACAGAGCAGCGGCCUCCACCCGGGGGUCUUCAACUUCUCCAGCUUGGUGGAACUGGACCUUUCUUAUAACAAGCUAACAACCACUCCCACAGUUCCCAUCACCCUGCAGUACCUCUACCUGGAGGCCAAUAAAAUACAAGAGUUCAACAUGACCAGUUUCUGCAGAAAGGUGGGACCUUUGUCCUACUCCAGGAUGAAGAUCCUACGAUUGGAUGGAAACAAAUUGUCCUAUCAACAGCUGCCAUACGACUGGGUCUUCUGCCUGCGAGUGCUUGAAAGUAUUUACAUCUGAUCCACCGUCUGAACAUGCAACAGAAUAUGGUUAUUGUAAGUGACUGGCUAAACUCAUCUAGUAAAAAAAAAAAAGUGACUCAACUUAGAGGAGCAGUGUGUAAGAUUUAGGGAGAUUUAGUGGCAUCUAGUGGUGGGGACUGCAUGUCGAAACCGGCUUCACCCAGUUAAGAUUCCUUUAGUGUUAAUUGUUCAGGAGGGUUUUUUUGUUACCAGGAGCUGAAUUAUCUGCAGAGGUCACUUCUCCAAAACAAGGUGAUUAAAACAAAUAAAAACACUAAAUGAAAAAGAAAAUUAGUGUUUCUCCCACACCGUUAGGUUCUCUAGAGAGGGGCCCCUAACCCAGCACCUUUUAAUUUGUGCUUACCUUUUUUUCUCUGAUAUCUUAAAAUCAAACGUACAUCACGUUUUUACUGGAAGCCAAACUAUCCAUAAAAGUUUCUUUCUUCCAAAACAAACAGACCCAGUGAUUUAAACAUAUAAAACACCUAAUAAAGCCAUCUCACAUUUAAAAGAUUGUGUUUUUCUGACAGCUUGUUGUAGAGGGAUGGCUGACUAAGUGGGCCGGCAUGUGUGAAUGGCCCUAUUUAGAACCAAUGUUUUGCUUGUCUGUUCUGUAGAAACAUGGCAGUGCAACACGGUGAUCUCCAUAAACAAGGACCCGCUCCCUGAGUAGAUAUAUACAGCUCAUGCUAAGGUAACAAAAACACAAUGAUUCUUAUUUUCAGGUGAUUAUUUACUAAAGAAAAUAAUCACCUGAAAGAAAGAAAAAGAAAAUGUAUGCACAAUAUUAUAUUUCACUUCUCUUACCCCCCCCAAAUUCUACACACAGGACCUUUUAAGAUUUUUAUAUUGUUUUGUGCAGCUCAUUACUUGUGAAGUCAAAAGGCUCAUCCUUACAGCUAUAAACAAGUGAGGAAUCUAAUUCAGUAUGCCUUCAAUACGUAGAUACACACCCAGGCACUGAAGGGAAAACGGACCUUCAAAAGAUGCCAAAGCUUGAACUUGUACACUAAACCAGUGUUAUUUUAUCAUGAUGCCAAAUGUUCUGAUCAAAACAUUUCUCAUACCACCAGUGCAUUCCCAUGGGUUUCUCUCUCUCUCAUUCCAUCUUUUCCAAGCUCUGCCGCAGCAGGGUCGUACAUCUGUGUGUUAUUACUGAAUAGGAACUGUGACAAACCCUCUCUUUUCUGACUGUACAGAGAAAUACACUUCAGUUAAACUGAGCUGUAUUUAGGGGAAAGGGAAACACGUAUGAAUGGCAAAAUUCAGUAGCUUUCCCAUGAGAGCAUCUGACUCAGUUAGCUGGAAAGUGUUGAACAGUCACAUCGGUACACGCAGUGAAUAUAAAAAUGUUUUGACUAAACUAUUGAAAUUCUGCAAUUUUAAAGCAGAUUUCAAAUCAAAGUUUUUAGAACUUUCAAAUCAUGGUGCAAGAAACUUUGAUAUGAAAGCUGAUGCCCAUGAUCCUGAAACACAAAAUUUGAUUUGCAAAACAGAAAAAAUAAAAUGGACAUUAAGAAAAUACAGUCUACUUGUAUUUUUGUUGUAAAGCUGCGACAAUAUUUAAUAUGUCAGUUACUGAGAUCUAAAUCUCACUAUGA